GAGGAGGAGGAGGAGGAGGGGGAGGUGGAGGUGGAGCGAAAGGGGAGGCAGAGGAGGGGAAGAGGAUGCCCGGGAAGACAGGGAGUCGAUCGGGGCACGGAAGCCGGGGAACCAGCUCCAACUCCGGGGUUCUGAUGGUCGGACCAAAUUUCCGGGUCGGGAAGAAGAUCGGCUGUGGGAACUUUGGAGAGCUGCGACUUGGGAAGAACUUGUACACCAACGAAUACGUGGCUAUCAAACUGGAGCCUAUCAAGUCCCGGGCGCCACAGCUUCACCUAGAAUAUCGCUUCUACAAACAGCUGGGGAGUUCAGAGGGUGUGCCCCAGGUAUUUUACUUUGGACCGUGUGGUAAAUACAACGCUAUGGUUCUGGAGCUGCUGGGACCCAGCCUAGAAGAUCUGUUUGACCUCUGUGACCGGACCUUCUCUCUGAAAACUGUCCUCAUGAUAGCUAUACAGCUGAUCACCCGCAUGGAGUUUGUCCACACCAGAAGCUUGAUCUAUCGGGACGUGAAGCCUGAAAACUUCCUGGUGGGCCGACCGGGCUCCAAACGGCAACACACCAUCCACAUCAUAGACUUCGGCCUGGCCAAGGAAUACAUUGACCCAGAGACGAAGAAACACAUCCCAUACAGAGAGCACAAGAGUCUGACUGGAACGGCUAGAUACAUGAGCAUCAAUACACAUCUGGGGAAAGAGCAAAGCCGGCGGGAUGAUUUGGAAGCUCUAGGUCACAUGUUCAUGUACUUCCUGCGAGGCAGCCUACCCUGGCAGGGCCUCAAGGCUGACACUCUGAAAGAACGUUAUCAGAAGAUAGGAGACACAAAGAGAGACACACCUAUAGAGGUCCUCUGUGAAAACUUCCCAGAAGAGAUGGCCACCUACCUGCGGUACGUGCGUCGACUGGACUUCUUCGAGAAGCCAGAUUACGACUACCUGAGGAAACUCUUCACAGACCUCUUCGAUAGGAACGGAUACAUCUUUGACUACCAGUACGACUGGACUGGGAAGCCUCUG